AUGUUAAUUAUAUCGGCGUUUUGCUCUUACGAUGUCGGUGCUAACUCGAAAAUCAGAGAUGCCUGGAGGUAUCAAGGCCACUUCACCAGAGCUAAAAGAUUGAGAGGAAUGUUCCCCGGUUUCUUCAUUGGUUUAGGUGCUUUUGCUUUGAUCUCAGUGACUGAGGAUUAUAUACUGAAGAAGGAGCCAGCCCAUGGUGAGCAUCACUAG